AGGCUGCAGCCAUGUGGAUGGACACUAAAGCUGGGGCGCAGGACGCCAGCAGGAAGCCAACUAGCACCGUUCAGUGUUUGAUGAACAGUUUGAUAAUGGUGACUGGUGACAUGGGGCAUCUGGAUAAGUGCAUGCAAGACAAGUGGUUCAUUCUGCAGCUGGCCGUGUGGGCCUGCAGAGGGGUCUCCCGGGUGAUUCUAGCCAACAACCCGCUGAGUGGUGCUCUCAUGCUGGUCGCGCUCUACUGGGCCUCCCCCUGGCAAGGCCUGCUGGGAACUGUGGGCGUGAUGAUCUCCACGCUGACAGCGGUCAUCUUAGGACAGGACAGUGCAGAGGUAUGUGGAGGCCUAUAUGGCUUUAAUGGCAUGCUGGUGUCUCUGCUAAUGGGAGUGUUUAACGCUGCUGGAGACUGGUACUGGUGGCUGCUGCUGCCAGUUUGUUUGGGCUCUACUACCAGUGUCUUCCUCUUCAGUGGUUUCUCGCCUGUGUUGGACCGCUGGGACUUGCCAGUUGCAGUCUUUCCCUUCAACGCGGUCAUCAUCCUCUACUUCCUGUGCACCGGCCCCGAUAACCCCUACUUUCCGCACCACGUGGCGAUACCGCCCAGCUCGGCGGUGCCCAACAUCACCGGGCUCAGCGCGUCCGAGGUGUUGCAAGGCAUCCCUCUUGGCGUGGGCCAGAUCUUCGCCUGUGGUGCCCUGGGGCCCUCGCUGCUCAUCCUGGGCGCACUCUGCCUUUACUCCCCCCUGCAGGCCAUCCACGCUCUGCUCGGCUCAGCAGUUGGAACAGUGGCCGGUUUAUCCGUGGCUGUUCGCCAUGAGUGCCUCUACCGGGGCCUCUCAGGUUUCAAUGGAGCUCUGGGUUGCAUAGCUGUUGGAGGACUUUUCUUCACUUUCAGCUGGAGGACUCACCUGUUGGCCAUCGCUAGUGCUUUCCUCUCGGCUUAUUCUGACAUAGCGUUGAGCAAUCUUCUGGGAGCUGUGGGUCUCCCAGCAUGCAGCUGGGCAGCCACACUGACGACCACACUGAUGCUGCUGCUGACAGGCAGUCUAGCUGCACACCGCCUCCCCCUGGCUCGGGUUCGGGCCCCCGAGCAGAACCUGCGCUCCCGCAGCCGAUGGGAAGCCGGCAGCACUGCGGAAGGAGACAGCACUGACGUGUAA